AUGUCGCAACAUCUUGAAGACGGUUCUGGUGCGCUGUCUGUUCUUGUUACCGGAGGAUCGGGAUUCAUCGCAUCUCACCUCAUUCUUCAACUCCUUCGUGCUGGGUAUAAAGUUCGCACGACAAUCCGAACCCCGUCGCGAGAAAAGGAUCUUCGAGAUGUUCUCCAAAAGGCUGGUGCUGAUGUCGAAAACCUGUCCUUCGCUGUGGCCGACCUCACUAAAGAUGAGGGCUGGGCUGAAGCGAUGCAAGGGUGCACAUUUGUCCAGCAUGUUGCAUCCCCAUUCCCUGGAGCGACACCCAAAGACGAAAACGAAUUGAUUGUCCCUGCACGAGAGGGAACUCUCCGUGUCCUCAGAUUCGCUCGUGAUGCUGGUGUAAAGCGAGUGAUCCUGACAUCAUCGUUCGCGGCAAUUGGGUACGGACAUGAACAGAUGCCCCUGUUCACUGAGGAUCAUUGGUCUGUUCUCGAUGGCAAGAUUCCUGUGCCUGCCUACCACAAAAGCAAGACUCUAGCCGAGAAGUCCGCAUGGGACUUUAUUCAGAAUGAAGGUGGAAAUAUGGAGCUUGCCGUCAUCAAUCCUACCGGUGUUUUUGGGCCUGUCUUGAGCCCAGACUUUUCAACAUCGAUUCAAAUCAUUGAGAAAAUGAUGAAAGGUAAAUUGCCUGGGUGCCCGAAGAUCUCUUUUGGGGUGGUCGAUGUGCGCGACCUCGCUCAAUUGCACAUUCUUGCCAUGACAGACCCGGCCGCUGCGGGUCAGAGGUUCAUUGGAACAUGUGACAACGGGCCCUUUGCAAUGAUUGAUCUUGCAAAUGUGUUGCGCGAUGGAAGACCUGCACACGCCGAACGUCUGCCGACUUGGGAGUUGCCAAACUUGUUAGUCCGUGCUAUUGCACUGUUUCGUGCAGAUCUCCGCGUCAUUCUCCCAGAACUCGGAGUCCAAAAGCUCAUCAACAACGAGAAAUCUAAGAGCGUACUUGGGUGGAAACCUAGGUCGUUUGAAGAGUGUGUUUUGGACACAGCGGAUAGCUUGGUGGAACAUGGGGUUGUUUGA